AUGCGGGCAAAUGGUGUUCUGUGCUCACGGCUCGGUGCCGCCGCCGCUGCUGCUGCUGGUGGUGUAGUCUCCCCAACCCCCUGCAUAAUGCGGGCCCCUUCAGAUUGCGGCGGAAAUAGAAACGUCAUCACCGGCGCCAAGAGCAGUCACAAUGCGCUUCUGCAUCCCCUGCAGUGUGCGUCGCCGCAGCACAUCCGUCCGCCGCCGCUGCGCAGCAGUUUCAUUGACCGCAGUCCCGCGUGGGCCUCCUUCAAUAACAACCACAACGUAAAAUCCUUCCGCCGCCGCAUGAUCGCCAGCGCCGAUGUCUCGCAGCGGCCGCUGCAGUUUCAUCUGAGCGGUGAGGCAGGCCACAAUGAUGCAACGCCGUUGCAGCAGCAGAAGCAGUGGCUCGCGACGGGUGUGGCAGUGGGAUACGGCGAGCGGCUAGAGGAAGUGAGUGCGCGUUGGGCGGCGAAGUUCUACGGGCAGGUGACGUUCGGCCCGCGCAACUACCCGUACCCGUCCUCGCGCUGGCUGGCGCGGCGCUUCAGGAUGAAGAAGCACAAGGUCAUCAAGCGCUUCCGCUUCCGCCGGUACAAGCUCGCUGCUGUUGCCAAUCUGCCCUUUGCGAAGAUGAUUCGCGUCGGCAUGCUGCCAGAGCUGAAGAGCAGCAAGACGAAGAAGGGCGACAUUGUCGACGCGGAUCUGACGGGGCAGCUCGUCAGUGCGGUGCGCAGCUCCGGCGGAAAAACGAAGGGGCACCGCGGCCGGCCGAAGUCGAAGUAUCAGGUGUAG